AUGACAGGCUCUGAGACCAGCUUUUUUUGGGCCCAAGAAAUGGUUGAGAAAUGCGAACGAGAGCACCAUAAUUGCCGUAACCACUUCAUUCGAUCAGACAGCCAGCGAUAUCUUCCUAAACGACUUAUUGAUGUCGGAGCGAGGGACAAGGGGGCCAUGCAGCUCGUUUUGAGUGACCAAAUCCGAUCAGACAACGAUGUCGUUGAGUAUGCUGCCCUGAGUCACUCCUGGGGUACGACGGUCAAGUCUGAGCUCAGGAACGACAACGAAGAAACGAUGAAGACGAUUUGA